GUUUCUUGUUUUCCUCUGUUUUUAUCGCAGCAGCUGAAGGCCGUACACGUUCAACAUCAUGCUGCCGUCUCGCGUCUUUUUCUCGCGUUUACACCCGACCUGCGCGUUGCUCACUCGCGCAACAGGCUCUCGACUUUACUAAACAAACUAUUCUUGCGUGUAAGUGGGGUGUUUAUAUACUUUCAUAAUGGCUACCGAAUAUCGCGCCGCGUAGCGAGUCCGAGCCGCACAAAGAAAGAUUAUGGAGUGAGCGCGCGAGCAUAACCGUGAAAACAACAACAACAAUAAAUAACAGUAUGGCGUUAUCCGUGAUUCAAGCUUGUCGUAGUUUGGCUCUGUCCACCUGGCUGCUGUCUUUCUGUUUCGUGCAUCUGCUGUGUUUGGACUUCACGGUGGCGGAGAAGGAGGAAUGGUACACGGCGUUCGUGAACAUCACGUACGAGGAUCCGGACACGGCCGAGGUCCGAACGGAGAAAACGGAGUGCGGCCGUUACGGCGAGCACGCGCUCAAGCGCGAGGCCAGGGGCGUGCUGGCGAUGCCCGCCGCGCCACAGGACAGACACGCUUGCGACCCCAACACCAGGUUCGUGCCGCGGGGACCCGGCGCGUGGAUCGCGCUUAUCAGCCCGGGAAACUGCACGUUUAAGGAUAAAAUCAAACAUGCUGUGGGACACAACGCGUCAGCCGUGGUCAUAUUCAACGUGGGAUCUUCCAACUCCAAUGAGACCAUAACAAUGCCGCAUCCAGGCACUGGUGACGUGGUGGCCAUCAUGAUUCCAGAGCCGAAGGGUCGUGAGCUGGUUCUGCUCCUGGAGCGAAACAUCACUGUCCGCAUGCACAUCACCAUAGGAACACGGAACCUCCAGAAAUACGUCAGCCGCACCUCCGUAGUCUUCGUCUCCAUCUCCUUCAUCAUCCUCAUGAUCAUCUCUUUGGCCUGGCUCGUCUUUUACUACAUCCAGCGCUUCAGAUACGCCAACGCCAGAGACCGCAACCAGCGGAGACUGGGGGACGCCGCCAAGAAAGCCAUCAGCCAGUUACAGGUGCGGACCAUCAGGAAAGGCGAUCAGGAGACAGAAAGUGAUUUCGAUAACUGUGCCGUGUGUAUCGAGGGAUAUAAGCCGAACGACGUGGUGAGAAUCUUACCGUGCAGGCAUCUCUUUCAUAAAGGUUGUGUUGACCCCUGGUUGGUGGAUCAUCGCACGUGUCCCAUGUGUAAAAUGAACAUUCUCAAAGCUCUCGGCCUUACGUCCAGCGCAGAAUGUCUGAAUGAGUUUCCUAUGGAUUACGAGCUCGCUGUGGGGGGCGUGGCUCUCAACGCCAUGGUGAUGAGUGAUGAUGUCAUGGUGGGCGAUGUCACCGGUGGGUGGGACCCUGGUGUCAGGAUGGUGGGUCUCCCUCAGGUCCUCUUGGACUCUGAACCUCUUUCACAGGACACUUUGCCAACCGAGCAAAGUGAACUACAGCCGAUAGCCAGCGGCAGUUCUGAAUGCUCGCUCGCUACAGGGCCGGGACUCUCGGACAUUGACACACCCCCUGAUGACCCGAAGUGCUGAUCUAGCCACGCCCACUCAUGUUACGCAUCAGUAGUUCGGUUUGCCCACGGCAACCGGAAUGGGUGACCACGGCGACGGGCUUCGACAGGUUGAAUGGGCUUUAAUCUGAGUGGAAUUUUGGCUGGUGAUAAUAUAACAUGCACUGCCCGUCAUACACACACCUUGACCCUCAGACGACAGUUUCCCCUUCCUCUUUCUUCCUGUAAAGCAGGGUUCCCUUUCCGGAAAUGGCCAGAGCCCCAAAGUGUGCACACUAGAGUGCACGCAAGAGUAUGCACUUGAGUUAAAGCACUUGUUCAGUAUUGGCAGACAAUCCAUUCCGCUCUGCUCGACAAUCAGAUCGUCCUCCUCCUCUCUUUCCUACCGUCGUGACGUUCGCUGCCUGUAUUACUGUCGUCUCUGAUGCCGAUCCAGAGAGAAGAACACGCUAAAGACUAUUUUGAAUCUGAAGUAAAGUUGGUUUAUUUUUCUACAGAGAUGUGUUUGAGUUGUGCAGUAUUGAAAGUCUGGCCGUAUCGGAGACGCACGUCUGAGCGCUUGGGUUUGACCGAAGGCUGCUGGCGUGAGCUAUUGAUGGACAUUGUUGAUUCUACGUGCGUGUUAAAAAAGGAACCGUGGAACUUUCUAGAAAGAUCCUGUGGAGCGGGUCAUGUGAUGUUUGCCAUGCAUGCCACAUGUCCUGUCCACCUGUGUUUGGAUUCUAGUGGAUUCCAUUUAAAGAGAUCAUUCACGCACAAAUGAAAAUCUCCGUCAUUGUGUUUCCACCCUCGUGUACAUCCAAACUCACACGUGCGGUUUUCCUCUUCCAGGAACAUGAUAGAGAGUCUUUAAAAAAGUCUCAUGAAAGUGUGUGCGUGUUGCUUACGCCGUCUGUGGUUAUACAGACAAGCUUCAUUAAAAAUGCAAAACUUCUGCUUUGCAUUUGACAGAAAGCAGUAUAUGGGUUUACAGACACACGAGGGUGAGAGUAAAUGACGGCGUUUUCAUGCGUGUGUGUGUGAAUCUGCCACUCAUUCUUCUUCGUUUGGUUUAACUAUAUAUUGUAAAUAGGAGAAUAAGUUUUGUCAUUCAUUUUCUCCUUGAUUGCCAAGUUUUCUGUCAUGCACUUUAUGUAUUUAAAGGUUUUUGUUUGGUAUUCAGAUUACGAGGUUUGUAUAUUUACACACACAUCACACAGUUAUUAUUAUAGACGCGCCACAAAUAACCUCUAACACACACAAAUACACACAGUAUUUCACCCUUCUUUUGUGAUAAACGCACAUACAGGGCCCAUGGUUAAUAUUUUGCACGCGUUUCAGUCAGACUGUGCUUUGAAUAUUAAUAAAUUUGAAUGUAUGUUUUUUUGAGUCUUUUUUAUUUACAAAGUAUUACAGUAUUUGCUGAGCAGCAUAAAACACGAUCUCAUUCAUGUGAUGUUACAAGAUGCAGUUCCUUCCAUUUGUUUCAAGGCAAUUCCACCAUAAUGACAUGAAUCUCAAACAUCGAGUCCACUACUGAACAUUCAAACAUUUUUAAACGACAGAGACUUGAAUAUUAUGUCCUGGAUUUGUGGAGAAAGUUUAUCCCGUUGUAAUACGUGAAGUGGUGCUUUAGACAGAUGAUGGAAAACAUGCUCGUUUGUGUCUGUGUUCUUCAUCUGAGGAAAAGGAGAACAUCAGACUUUUAACACAGAUUCAGAACAGAGGUUUUGAUCAGCGAAUCGACAGUAAAGAAUCGUUUUCAGGUAAGAGAAAUAGGGAAAAAACAAGCAAGCGUCACUUAUGGUGAUUUACCUCAUGAACGAAUGAGAGGAACUGGAGAGAUGCAAACGUAAUGCAUGUUUCUGGCAUCUUUAAAGGACAUUUUUCAAAUGCAUCUUAUUUUUAUGCGCAUAAACUGCAUGUUUUCAGCGGUUAACAACUGACCUUUUAGUUUCACUGAGAGCUUCAGCAAAUUUGUGUCUGAUCAUAACACUUGCCAGAGCGUCUGCCACCUGAGAAAACAAGCGCAUGACAUGAUAACCUGCCAUUCAUCAUUACAGGUACAACCUGAGCAUUAAAAUCUGUAUGAACUCAAUGUUUAUAAGUAUUCAGUUGUUUUCAGAUGGUAUAUGUACUGAAAACAAUUACAUCUUGUCCAGUAUUUUUUGUGAGUUCAUUAAAAUGUAGGUGCUGUUGACUGACUUCAUCCGAUAUGUCCUCAUGCACCGCGUGGCCACAAGGGGGCAGAACCUGCAUCAACCCGAACAAACUGGAUUAAUCUCUAUAAUUCAACCACUUUAGCUUUUUAUUUGUAUUAAAAUGAUCUUUUGUCUGUAUUAACAUUCAGAUGUACAUUUUUGUGGAGGCUGCUGGUGACGCGGUACAUGUUACUUUACUCAUCGUUGAUAGCAUGCUAACGCGAUCGACCAAUCAGAGUAGUUUCUCAAAACUGGAUCAACAUUUGGCUGCCAAGCACAAGUAUGUUUUUUGUAAGUGUCCUGUUAUUUGCAAGCAGCUCAAUGGAUGACAGAAAAACAGUUUUAAACAUGUCUCGCUAGAAACAGUUAUAGAGAAUGUGAAGCUGACGUCACGCCCUAUGUUGCAUGUUGCAGUGGCGCCGCCAUCUUGGGAGGAUCAUACUCCACUGCUAUUAUUGUUUUGAUAUAUACCGUUACUUGUUUUGUUUGAUAUAUAUGGAGAAAUCGAAAGUAAAGGAACUUCCUGAACGACUGCGUAAUACUAUUGUUUUUAACUACAGUUUUUAACACCGCAAGACCGACCUACCAUAGUUAUAUUUCCCAAUCAAACAAGAAAAACAAAACACUGCAUUGAACACACUGGCAGCCAUCCUCCCAAGAUGGUGCAACAUUCAACACGGCGUGACGUAGCUUCACAUUCUCUAUUGAUCAACACUUGAACUCUAACUCACCCUGCAUUUGUCCAAUGGUCAGAUCUCUGUCGAGUUGAUCAAUGCCUGAACACACGGAACAUUUCGCACUCAACUUUAAUAAUGUAAUCAUAUUUUCUGACUGUUUAUAACAUCUUACUUUCUUGCAUAAGCAUGAAUGAUUUUCUUCAACUAAAUCAUUUAUGGAUUUAUUUAUGAAAACUAAACGAUGUCCCAUAUAUUUAUGUCUAUUAUAUUUGCACUACGAAAAAAAUAUGUUGUUGAAUAUUAGAUUUGUUUGCUUUUAUCUUGUAGAUCAUUCAUUAGUUUGGUUGUGUCGUGGGGAUCAGUGAUUUGACAAAAAUGUUGCGUUUAUAAUUUUGGUCAGUGUAGAAUAAUUUAAAAAAUAGAUUUUCUUUUGUCCCAAUCGAAGAAAAGCAUGAUUUGGAUAUUUUGUGAUAUCCUGUGUCUCUUUUCACAACUUUGUUGCUUAUUGUUGCCAUUUUGAUCAUGGUGA